AUGCUCCCUCUCAACUCCAGCACCAUCCCGCUCUCGGUCGACUUCUCGAGCCCGGGCGACUACUUCAUCUUCCUCUACCACAUCGUGUUCGCCACGUGCUCGGCGCUGCUCGCGGGCUCCGUGGUGCUCGGCAUCCUAAGCACGAGGUCGCUCCGCGUGCAGAACCGCUUCGUCUUCAUGCUGAACACGAGCGUGAGCGACACGCUGACGGGCCUGUCCGUCUACUACCUGGGCCUGUUCGACGUGCAGGAGGGCUACCCGUCGCGCAACAGCACCUACUAUAUCCUGCCCUCCUUCAUGGGCGUCAACGUCAUGACGUUCCUCUUCGCACAGUUCGACCGCUACCUGGCCGUGUGCCACCCGUUCUUCUACACGCGCUUCAUCACGCGCGGCUUCGUCAUCGCCUGCUGUGCCUUCAGCUGGUUCUACACCUACCUGAUCCUGGCCGUCCAGAACCUGCUGCCAGUCGCGCAGGCCGUUAAGAUGAGCGCCUUCGGCAUCAUGACGCUGCAGGUCAUCGUGGUCAUCAAGGUGCUCAUGACUGUCAAGCUGUACUUCAUAGCCAAGCAUCAGCUGGCGCGCGAACCGCCCAGCCAAGACCGGGACAGCAAGAAGGAGUCGCUGCGCAUCAUCGUCUUCGUGGUCAUCUGCUUCCUCCUGCUGUGGGGGCCCUCCUUCGUCAACAUCAUGGUCAGGUACCUGAGCAGCGGCGGCCUGCGCUUCAGGAACGAGGCCACCAACGCCUUCGCCAUCAUGGCGCGCUUCAACGCGCUUAGCACGCCCGCGCUCUACAUCUGGGGCAGCCCGGCCCUGCGCAGCGCCGUGUGGGCCAGAGUGUGGAGGAACGGCUGCCGGACAAGGACGACAGACAGAGUGUUCUCCAGCCAUGUGAAACCGACAAAGGAAGCAGUGUUAAGCGUCUCUCAGAGCUCCAAGGACACAUGA